CACGAGAAGCGGGAGAUGCAGAAGGAAAUUCUUUCCGUGCUGGGCUUGCCUCACCGGCCCCGGCCCGCGCACGGGCUUCAGCUGCGGCAGCCGGGAGAGCCCGAAGUUGCUCUCCCCCAGCAACGCCGGCGGCAGCAGCAGCAGCAGCAGUCGGCGGCCCCGCCGGGCAGGCUGAACUCCGCGCCCCUCUUCAUGCUGGAUCUCUACAACACGCUGUCCGGCGAGGAGGAAGCGGCGGCGGCGGAAGGAGAGGACGAGCAUCGCGGCGGCGGCGGCGGCGGCGGCGACACCCGGCACACCUCCACUGCGCGACCCCUGCAGCGCAAAACCCUCCUCGCCCACAACCUGGGCUCCCCCGGCAACCCUAGCCUGGCUAGCUCGCAGGACAGCGCUUUCCUCAACGAGGCGGACAUGAUCAUGAGCUUCGUCAACCUGGUUGAAUAUGACAAGGAAUUCCUGCCUUAUCAGCAUCAUCACAAGGAGUUCAAAUUUAAUUUGUCUCAGAUUCCAGAAGGAGAGGCCGUUACCGCUGCUGAAUUCCGAAUCUACAAGGACUGUGUUUUUGGAGGCUUUAAAAAUCAAACCUUUCUGAUUAGCAUCUAUCAAGUAUUGCAAGAAUAUCAGAACAGAGAUUCAAACUUGUUUAUGCUGGACACCCGAAUAGUAUGGGCCUCAGAAGAAGGAUGGCUAGAAUUUGACAUCACUGCUACUAGCAACAUGUGGGUCAUAAACCCUCAGCAUAAUUUGGGACUCCAGAUGAGUGUGGUGACUAGAGAUGGUCUCAGUAUAAACCCUAGAGAAGCAGGACUAAUAGGUCGAGAUGGCCCUUAUGAUAAACAGCCUUUCAUGGUGGCUUUUUUUAAAGUGAGUGAAGUUCAUGUUCGGACUGUUAGGUCAGCACCCAGCAGACGCAAGGACCAGAGCAGAAACCGCUCCACACAACCACAAGAUGUUUCCAGGACAUCCAGUAUCACAGAUUAUAACAGCAGCGACCUAAAAACAGCUUGCAGAAAGCAUGAACUUUAUGUUAGCUUCCAAGACUUGGGAUGGCAGGAUUGGAUAAUUGCACCAAAGGGUUAUGCAGCAAACUACUGUGAUGGAGAAUGCUCUUUCCCUCUCAAUGCUCAUAUGAAUGCCACAAAUCAUGCCAUUGUGCAAACUUUGGUUCACCUAAUGAAUCCGGAGAAUGUUCCUAAACCAUGUUGUGCUCCUACAAAACUUAAUGCAAUUUCAGUUCUUUACUUUGAUGACAAUUCCAACGUCAUUUUGAAAAAAUACAGGAAUAUGGUGGUAAGAGCUUGUGGGUGUCACUGACAAAGUAUCUUUACAAGAAGCAGCAAAAGGAAAAUCUAAUGCUUCUGGAACAGCAUUUGUGCCUUCAGAAGGAAUAAUGAAAAGCAAAGAAUUCUGUUACUACUUGUUAAAUAUUUGCACAGUAAUUGCUUUUUGAUCUUAUAGUUUUAAAUAGGCCAGAGCAAGUUAUAAAAUAUGGAUCCUGUGAAUAUAGACUGAUCUGACAAAAGCAACCUGAUGUUUCAACUACAUUUCAGUCUUACUAAACAAGCGUCCCUCACAUUUUGGAUAAUAUCUCAAGAAGAAAACAGGAAUCUAAGGAAUAAAAAGCACAAUUUUAACUUGAAAUUACAACCACAUAGAAGUUAACAAAACUAUCUUUGCUUACCCUUAAGGCAUAAAAACCGAAUAUGUGAGAUCCUGGAAACUACUGCAAGAAAAUGUCUUCUGUUUUGAUGAACUGUUUCACUUAAAUUGCUUCCUUUAGAAGCUAAAGACAGCUUUUAUACACUAUCCUUUCAAAUAAAAAAGAAUUGGUCAUAUGUCUCUUAAUAAUCUGAUUAGGGCAACCUUCUUUGAGCUACCAUUUUGGGGACAAGGGGUUGUUUUGGAGGCAAGCUUAUUAGACAGAUAGGAAGAUGCUUCUGUGUUAUUUUCAAAGGCAUUUCCUACCGUUACAUCCUAUUGCUAAUCCUAACCAACUUUCCUAGUAUUUUGGCACCAUGACCAAAUGUGCACAUGAACCCAGAAUCUAUUCCUUAGACAAAAAACAUGUAACUCCACUGGACAUAUGGAGGAACUGAGAAGUUUCAAACUACAUGUUUUUCCAAAAAUCUGGUUUCCUCAAAUGGGAAAGAAAAUGAAUCAUACUAAGUUUACUAAAGAAGAGACACUUACCCGAUUGCUCUUCAGAAUAAUGUAAGUUGACAAGGUGGAACUGAGGCAAAGCUGCAGUCAGAGAAGUAGAACUGCUUUACAUUUACUCGUAAUAAUGGGGCAUAUCCUUAGUUUGAGAAAAAUACAUUCAAAUGGUAUAUGAUACUUAUUCUAAUGUCAGAUUCCAGAUAAAUGCCCAGGCAAAAUUUCAACAAAGUGCACU